AUGGCAGGGAGAGGGAGAGGGCGAGGGCGGCCGCCGAAGAAUACGGUGCCUCCGCCAUCAAAAACCCCACCAGUGUCACCUACACAACAACAAUCAGAGUUGUGCAACCAUCUGGAGAGCAACACUAGCUUAACCGAAGAAGGGAUUCUGGAAACCCUAGAUGCACGUACUAAACCUAAUCAAGAAGAAAUGGCAACCGCCACUCAAUCGACUGAUACAACACAACCUGUGAUACCUAAGCAACCUGAGAAUGGAAAACCUAUCCAUGAAGGAGCAUCUGAGGAAGUUCGUAAACUAUGGGUAGAUGUGCUAAAGGAUAAUCGAAAUCCGACGAAGGGUAGGGCGAUGAAAUUCAUCGCACCCCAAGUAGUGAAUGGAAAAUUGGAAGUUGUAAUUGAAGACGAAGACAUUAUCUCUGAAGUUAAAUUUUGGGAAUCCUCCUUGAUCCUCUAUACAAUGGGAGUUGACCUCAGCAUGAAUGCAGUUAAUAAUUUCAUGACCAAGCACUGGAAUUUUGUUCAAUUGUCGGAUAUGUAUUACAAUGAUGAAGGUUACUUUAUUCUUCGAUUCAAAUCAUUCAAGGAUCGUGAUGAAGUGCUAUUGAGGGGACCAUACAUGAUAAGAAACAUCCCUCUGCUGAUUCGAGAAUGGAGGCCAGGUUUCAAGGUCAAAGAUGAAAUCUUGCGAACGUUACCAAUUUGGGUGAAAUUGCCUCAACUACCCAUCAUUCUAUGGGGUGAUACAAGUUUAAAUAAGAUAGGAAGCGCCCUUGGAAACCCCAUCAUGACAGACGAAUGUACGGCUAACAGACUCAGAGUAUCAUAUGCGCGAAUACUUGUGGAAAUGGACAUUACAAAAGAACUUCCACAAACUAUUACCAUUGGUGAUAAUGAAGGAGAGAAGAUCCACCAACCUAUUGAGUAUGAAUGGAGACCCCUAUUCUGCAUCAAGUGUCAAAAGGUUGGUCAUAGUUGUGACAAACCUAAAGUCACGCAACAAUGGAAACCUAAACUUGCACCACAACAAGUAGACAAUGUGAAAACUAUGAUGGACAACGCUGCUAAUCUGAUUCCUAGGUUUGUAGGAAACAACAACAUUGUAGCAGACAAGGCUAAUUCCCCUGCUGUGAGUAACAAUGCUAAGGGAAAUACACUAGUAGAGUGUCCCACUGACUUGGUGAGUAGGGCUGCUGAUCCACCUCUAGAAAAUGGAGUGAACAUUAUUGAGCAGGUUGAGGCAGUUAUGGAGAAGUGGAUAGAAGUCAUAAGAAGUGGUAAGGAUAGAGGCAAACCACAAGACAACCCCAACAGUAUAAACAAGAUUGUUUGUGCAAAUGGCUUUGAGGCUCUUGAGAUUUCGAAGGAUCCCGUAGAGCCCCAAAAUACUGGCCAAUGA